UGCACAGUUGGAGGGGGGAGGUAAGGGGGCAUCUAAGAGUCACAUGUAAGGAAGUGGGGAACCUCCAAUUUUCCAGGGGUGUCCCCAUCAAGCCCACUUCUUAGGCAGACUUUGUGUGCAGGUCUUUGACAGGGAGGCGUGAGAGAAGUUACAAAAUUGACCAAGUCAAUACCCCGUAGUGACAAAGGGCAUCUGAGACCCCACCCCCCCACCCCCCGCCUCGGUGGCUGUUUUGCUUGAAAGACCAAUGCCCCUGUCUUGAAGGAAGAUGAUCCACAUGGGAACAGUGGCCAACCCUGGGCCCCUGUUACCUGUGCGUUCAACUCCAGUGGGAACCUGGGUGGCUGGCUGAAGGCCCACUUUCGGGGCUGGGGGCCCCCGAGGAUCCAGCUUCGGUGGGGCUGGAGGAGGCAGGCCCUGCACGCACUGCAUCCACUGCAACUGCUGAACCUGCAUCUCCUCCUCGGCCUCAAAUUCCGUGAACCUGGGGGGUGACGGAGGCACAGGCCACCCUGAGAAAAUGGCCUGGGUUCUGGAGCCCAACAAAGGCAGCCAAGAAUGAGGGAUUGGGAGAGGAUGUGCCUUGGGGCUGUCAAGGCCCUGUGAGGUGCUGUCCACAGCAGAGAGCUGCUCCUGGAACUGAUACAAGAUCUGGGACCUUUCCUGCCUCACCAGCACUGGAGAGCAUUCAACAGCAUAGAGCCAGGUCGCUGCAUUGAACCAGGUCAACGGGACACGUGGCUGACCCAGGGGGCACCCUCCUCAUGCCCCCCAUCCAGAGCCACAUGAAGGGCUGACAGCCAGAGGCUGGAACAGGCAUGUGUUCCCCACAGGGGUCCUUGCCCAAAUCCAGGACCCUGGGUUGGGACUGAGAGUUCUGGAACGUAGACCUGGAGACAGGGCUCAGGAGAGGCUGGACGAUGUGGAUGCUGAGCUUAGAGGACAGGCCUUCCUUUCCUCUGAGAGGUGCUUGUUUGUUUGGUUUUGUUUCUUAAACCAAGGGGAUUACCGUGGAGCAAACACUGGAAGGGCCAGAGACCCUUGGGCUGAUGACAGCUGGCUUCCCCAGCCUCUUCAGGGAUGCCAGGGUACCCACUCAGGCCACUUUUUGUGAGGAGAGGGGGUCCCAAAUCUAUGUCAGUGGCCGCCAGCCAGCCACCACUAAGGAAUCAGCAGGCUGGCGGGUGGAGCUCUUUCCCCGGCCCAGCCCAUAUGGCCGGAGUUGGACCCCUACUGGACUCACAGCUUCACCCUGCCCCGUCCUGAGACCUUCAUGUGAGGGCAAGGGUAGGUCAAACUCAGGGGAGGGCAGAGCUCGUGGUGGAGGAAGGACAGAAGACCCAGACUCUCAAGGUGAGGGAGGGGUUUCUGGAGGACUGUAGGGCCUCUGGGCUGCGGGCCCCCCGUUCCGAGCGACAGCCCUUCUCCUUUGUCCUCUCUGAUGAGCACCCCCACGGCCAGACCCUGCCCUCACCCACUCGCCUCACCCUCCACGCAGCCCCUGGGCCCAGGACGCUGACUCACUUUUGCGCCAUCUCGUAGUAGAUCAUCCGGUCAGAGUUGCUAAUGUGCUGCCAUUCCUGCACGGCCCUGCACAGUCCCUCCUCCAGUGUCAUGGUGGGCUUCAGGCGGGCCAGGGAUUGAAGCGCUGGGCUGUAAGCACUCGGGGUCAGUCUCUGUGCCCAGCCCAGCCCCCACCUGCCUGACCCCACCCACCAAUGUGGACCACACAUCACUCAACACAGCAUGACUGAGCAACAGGAGAGUGAGAGGCAGGUGUCCGGGAGAGCAGAGACAAGCCUUCCCGGCUACGGCUGUCACCACCUCACACUCCCUCGAGGAUGACCAUCCACUCCCAGGCUAGAGCUGGGACACUGUGCCUUGGGGAGCUCUUUUCCUCUUCAAGGCUGCCUUUUCAUAAUAAAAAUCACCAUCAUCAAUGAGGCGUGGCAUGUGCCAGGCAAUCUGCUCACACUUCAUAGAUUAGCCCAAGGAGUCUUCUGCAUGGUCCUCUGAAUGAAGUGUGAUUGUCCCCUUUUUACGAGGGACCGGAGGUUUAGGAUGGAAAUGCCUGCCAUGCUCACAACUCUAGUGGGAGAGAGCCCAUGCCCUUAGGAGAGCUCUACCAUCACCCUGUUCCUAGUGGAAUUCUCCACAUCAACAAAGUCGAGGCGUGCAUGAAGCGCUCUCCUGGGCCCCGCGCUCCUCCCCCUUCUCCGAAGUGACCUCCCCCGGCCACGUACACUCAAGUGCUGUAUGAAAGGAGACGUCAGCACAGGAGAGUGUGGCAUCCACUCCUUGGCUCCUCAACGUACACCAUGACCCUCUCUGACUGCAAGUCUUCAGGCCAUAUUACCAGGAGAAUCAUGGAAGAGCGAGCUGGCUAGACUCACAGAGGGGUGGGGUCCGUUGAGAUAAGGCACAUUUCAGUCAUGAUGUCAUGGACUGGCAGGCUCGCCCGUAUGACCGACAAUGUGCCUUCUCAUGGCGUGGACAUCACCCUCACACCUCGCUUCCAGUAUCCCUAGAAACCUAACCUGCGAGUCCAUCCCCAGUUCCUCUUUAUCUAAGAGCUCCGAUAAGCUCAUGACCCCCUGAGCGUUCACUCACAUGAGAAAGCAGGAAAGAGCUUCCGCAUCAGGACUCUGGGGAAGGUGUCUCCGGGCCAGUGGCUUGAGGCGCUGCCACCGUCGGAAGUGACUGCCCACGCUCUGGGGGUCAGAGCCGUCCUCCUGCGAGGCGUAGGGCUGCUUGGUGUCCAGGCUGCCCUCCCUGGAAGUGCCGUGUGGCCAUGGCCCAGAGUUCACCGGGCGAAUGUUAGGGGCCAUCUGGGCAGCUGGUGGUGGAGCUUGAGGAGGAGAGCCUGGGGUCCAGCCUCCCUUGCCAGCCUGAGUAACCCCAACAGCUGGAGCAGUCACAAUGGUCUCCAUCGCAGGGGUGGCUAAGAAUAUGGGUGCAGGACAUGCAGCACUCCCGCUGAGGGCCCCUGGAGCGCUCCAGUUGAGGGGGCCCUGGGGAACGAUAAAGGUCGGAGUCUGGGGGGCCUGCACUGGCCUCCCUUGUGACCUGACUCGGACAGUGAAGUUGCAAGCCCCAGGGGCACUGGGGCCACGGCCACCAUUAGCCACCAAAGGCGUCCUGGGGAACGCCGGCAGCAGCAGGCCGCUGCCAGGAGGGAAUGCGGGGGCGAUGAGAGGUGGCAGGUGCUGCUCCCAGGGGGGCCAGUGCUGGGCGCCAGGAAUGGGUGGAGGAAAGGACGCUGCCAUGAAAGUAGACAAGGAGGCACCGGGGUUCAUGGGGACAUCCGUUGCCAGCAGUGCAGAUGCUGUUGAGACAAAGGAAAGGAGUGAAUGGAGGAGGAGAAUGGGCAAGUGGGACUGAGGCUUUCUGCGGCAUCAGAGUGUAAAUCUCCACAGAUGAGAGACUCUUGGACAAGGGAAACUGCAGCGUGCAAAUGUCUUCAAGUGAUUUUCAUGCCCUGACCUCCAGUUGAGAAUUAUUCCACUGGUGACCCCACGCCCAUCCACCAAGCUCCCUGACCCCUGCCUGCCGAGAAGAAAUUGCCUCAGCAAGCACUCACUUGGAGAGCCUCCCUAAGGCACACCCUGGCACCUAAGCCUCACAGGCUGUCUCCCAAGACCUGGAGCUGUGUGGACAUCCGCUCUGUGAGAAAUGCCCCUCAGCCGGCGUACUAGCAGGUGGGGCCUUCUGCAAGUCCAACUAUGUGCCCACAGUUAAGUGUAACGUGUGAACCUGAAGGAUGUGAGGAUGGCAGGGUCUCUGAGAACACACCCCCAGCCUAUAGGCUUACCUCCUAUUGAAGCCAUCCUGCAGGCUUGGGCACGGACUACUGCUGCCUGGUAGCCUCAAUGAGAAAAGUCAAGACCAGGAGCCAGAGAGCGACCUGCUUCAGCAAACGCUCGGGAUCCAAGUCAACGAGGGACACGUUUGAAGUUGUCUUAAGGUUAUAGCCACAACUGCAAAUUUAGUGGAAGCCUUGGCAGAUUUGACUCCAGAAAAUGAAGUUUAUUUGCAAACUCCACACCUUGUCCACAGUCUUCUUAACGCUGAAUUGACAACAUUUCUCUGCAAGUAUCCCUAGAUGAACUUCCUGUGAAAUCCUGCUUUCACCACCUCAUCUUUAAACGUCACAACGUUCUCAAUCCUGCUACACUACUCCCUCUGUCUCACAAAGGUGCAUUUUAGAAAGAUGGCAGAGAUGAGAGUUCCUGAGAAGACCAGAAAGGACAUUUGCAUCUCAAAGAUACAGAUCAGUGCCCUACAGCAAGGCUACAACCAGGUGCUGUGCCAGACCCUGUCUGAGAGAAACUUAGAAAUCACCUCCCUGAAGCACGAUGCCGAGAACUUAAGGAGGGAGACCGCCAUCACGUCAGAGAUGGUGUCAUCUUUGCAAAGAGACGUGUUAGUAAAGGAUGGUCAAGUUCAACAACUAAAACAGGAGGUGAAUCAACUGAAAAGUGAGAACAAAGAAAAGGAUCACCAGCUCGAAGCCCUCAGAUCCAGAUGCUCAGUGCUGAAAGAAGAGUUACAGAAGGAAGAUGCCCAGAAGGAGAAGUGGGAAGCCCAAGAGAAAGAGUUAAAACUCUGCAAAACCCAAAUCCAUGACAUGGAAAAAGAAAUGAGGAAGCUCAGGGUGGAGCUGAAAAGGAGCAUUACCAAGCAGAGCCUCAUCUCUAUGAUGCUGUGGGAAAAGAGCAAGGUGGAAGAGAAGCUUCGGGAGGAUUCCAGAAGGAAAUUGCUUCAGCUGAAAGAAAUGAGGAACAGAGCAAACCUCAUUAAAGCCAAUUUGGAAAGGGCAGUAGGUCAGUUACUAGAAAAGAGCACCAGGGUCACAGAGGACAAUAGCAACGUUUGGCAGCAAAAGCGGACCCUGCAGAAGGAGACCCAGCUCAGCAGCUGCAAAGAGGAGGAGAUCACCCAGAACAUCAAGAAGCUGAAGACAUCCUUAGAGAGUUGCCAGGCAUGCAUGACAAUGUCUUGCUCUAGCAAUGACCUGAAGAAGGAGGUCGACCUCCUACAGCACCUGCAGGUGAGCCCACCUGUCUCAGGGCUCCAGAAGGUGGCACUGGACAUCUUGCGCCUGUCACUGUCCUGGCUGGAGGAAACGGAGCAUCUCCUCCACGAGGUGGGGAUCCAGUUCUCCAGCUCCGACAAAGAUCAUAAGGACCACAUGGAUCGAUCAUUUCUAGACUUAAAGACCCUCGGGAUGGAAAAACAUGUUCAGAAAAUAUUGGAUGUAAAACCUGACUUGCCACCUUUUUCAAGAGUAGAGAUCCGAACGCUUCAAAAUGGCCUUUCCAGCCCAGGGUCCAUCAUGGCCACUGAGAAGUUAUGGAAAACGGAUGUGGCUGAGGCUUUAGAUCUUAGUGAAAAGCUGUACUUGGAUAUGAGCAAAACCCUCGGGACUAUGAUGAACAUCAAAGAUAUGUCAGGUCACGUGUCCAUGAAACACCUCUCCCCAAAAGAGAGGGAGAGAGUCUACCAGCUUCGACAAAGAGACCUGUACCUGGUGUUUGAUAAGAUCACCCUACUCAAGAACCAGCUGCAGAGGAAAGAAGAGCUUUUGAGACGAUACGAGAAGGACAUUGAACAGCUCAAGUAUGGCCCGUGUCCCCGGCAAAAGGCCCAGGCCUCCAUUCUCCAGGCUAAACCUCGGGGCAGCUCCAGACCCGUAGGGACCAGGACAAGAGGACAGAGGCCUGGGUGUGGAGGGGGGAGGCGGGAUGGUGACUCAGGGCCUGAUGGACCCAAGUCUCUGGGCAAGAAAGCAGCAGUUAAAGUACUCUACUGUUAAGGAAUAAGGUGCACUUUUUAUAAAUGUGUCUGAUGUUUCA